AUGCACCUCUCCCAGCUGCUGGCCUGCGCCCUGCUGCUCACCCUCCUCUCGCUCUGGCCCUCUGAAGCCAAGCCCGGGGCGCAGCCGAAGGUCCCGCGAGCUCCGCUAGGGGAGGUGUCAGCCGCGUCCCAUGCUGAGGGCGUCGGUCAGAAGAAGCGCGACAAGAUUCCCGGAGGCGGUGGCUCCAACCUCAGGGGCGACCAGGCGCGACUGCUCCGGGACCUGCGCGUGGACACCAAGUCUCGAUGGGUCCGCCUCCUGCAGGAGAACCCCAACGCUCGCAAACACAAAGGCAGCAAGAAGGGCACGUCCAAGGGCUGCUUCGGCCUCAAGCUGGACCGGAUCGGCUCCACCAGCGGCCUGGGAUGUUAG